AUGGGGGAAAGAAAAGGGAUAUGUGUUAACAUUAACCAAUCAUUAGGAACAUUUCUUUUGAAGUCGCCGGAUGUAUUUUCCAUAACUGAAGCUGCACUAGAACAAGGAUACAGGCUAAUUGACACAGCAGCAGUGUAUAAAAAUGAGUCUGCUAUUGGUGAAGUUUUAAGAAAGGUGAACUCUAAAAAUAUUUUAAGGAGUGAUGUUUUUAUUACUAGCAAAUUAGGUCCUGCAUAUCAAGGUACUGAGAAAGCAGCAGUAGCUGCAUCAUUAUCAUUAGAAGCACUCCAACUGAGUCACCUUGAUUUGUAUUUAAUCCACUGGCCUGGCUCUUCGGGAAUGAAGCCAGACAACCCCCUCAACGCAGAACUUCGAAAACAGACUUGGCUACAGUUGGAGAUUCUCUAUAACGAAGGCAAAUUUAAGGCUAUAGGAAUAUCUAACUAUACAAUUGCUCAUAUACAAGAGUUACUACAGUAUUGUUCAGUAGUCCCUGCUGUUUUACAGAUAGAGGUUCAUCCGUAUCUCACUCAGACUGCCAUUAGGAAAUUCUGUGUGGAUAAUGGAAUUCACGUUCAAGCAUAUUCUUCAAUUGGGUCCAAAUCAGGAUGUAGUGAACUUCUGUCUGAUUCAACUGUGAUGGAAAUAGCUGAGCACCAUGGCAAAACACCUGCUCAAGUCCUUUUAAGAUGGGCAAUAGAACAUGGAAUGAGUGUUAUACCGAAAACUUCCAAUUUAGGAAGGCUGAAAGAAAAUAUGAAUAUAUUUGAUUUUUCAUUGUCUUCGGCUGAAGUUCAAAGGUUGGAUAAUCUAAAUAGAGAUGAACAUUUUUGUUGGAAUCCAAAAGGUGUCAAGUAAACUUUAUAGAUAUAUUUUUAAGAAGCUAAAAUUAAAGGGACAUUUUUAAUGAACAAUUUUACUGAAUAAUUGAAGAUUGUACAUUGUGCUUUUCUUUGUGAUUUAA